CUCCCGAGCGGCUAGCCAAGGUCACCGCGCUCGGCGACGAGAUGCAGCAGUACCUCCCCCUGGUGGCGAGCAUCGAGGAGGUGUGCGCGGAGCUGUGCGAGUUGCUGACGGACGAGUCGGCGCGGCAGGAUGUCCGCAGCAAGGUCGCAGGGGUCAAGAAGGACAUGACAUCACUGCAGCGGAGGAUCGAGGAGGGUAAGACAGAGCUGGAGGCAGUGCUGAGGGAGGGAGAGGAGUUCAGGGAGGAGGUCACCGAGAUGGCUUCCUGGCUCGCCGACCAGCAGGAGGCGCUGGCAGUCGAGAUGGUGUUGACCGCCGAACCGGACAAGCUGGAGAAACAGUUUGACCUGCAUGAGGAGCACGUGCAGGACAUCAGCGACGCGGUGCACCACCUGGUGGAGAGCGAGCGCGGCAUGGGGCCGGUCGCGCGUGACGUAGACUCGAUCCACGCGCAGCUGGAUGAGCUGGGGGCGCUAGUGUCGCGCGUGCGGGCGACCGAGCGAGAGCUGGGAAGCGCGGAGGCGGCGGCAGCGCGGCUGCAGCAGGAGGGAUACAUGCCGAACUCGGACACGAUCGAUAAGGUGGAGCAGCUUAAGCGACAGGUGUGUGGGGUGAAGGAUGCGUGCGAGGCGCGGCAGCAGGAGCUAGACUCCACGCUGGACCGGCUGGACAAGCUCUACAGCGACCUGUCGGCUACGAACCGCUCGCUAGAGAAGGCAGAGCGCGAACACGACGCCCUCAAACCCAUCGCCGCCGACGUGACGGCCAUCCGCGCACAGCAACACGACCUCAAGGGUUUCCAGAAGUGUCACAUGGAGCCGUUGGCGCAGGACAUCGAGGCGGUGCUGACCGCCGGCCAGGCCCUCGUCCAGUCGGGCGGACACGGCGUCAACACGAGCACCAUCGACUCCGACCUGGAGCGACUCGGUGACCGCUGGACCGACCUGAAGGAGAAGGCGUCGCAGCGCGAGCGCAGGCUGGACACGGCACUGAUGCAGUGCGGCAAGCUACAGGACGCGCUCACGGGCAUGCUGGGAUGGCUCGGAGACAUGGAGGACAUGAUAGCCAUCAGAAGCCUUGUCUGCGCACAGGUCGUCAAAGCUCAGCUGCAGGAGCAGAAGUUUGUGGACCAGCUGCUUAGCGACGAUAACGACACCUGGACUCGCGGUCAAGUCGAUGGACAGGAGUAG